AUGGAUAUCAGAGAAAUGGAUCUCAAGAGGCAGGAAGCAAAUGCCUUGUUCAAAAAGCAGAUGAUCGAUGAGGCACUGGAGAUUUACAAGACAUCCUUUCUGGAAGCUACAAAGUCUGUCGUGCCCGGCACCAGGAACGAUCUGCUUGAGGAGCAGCUGUCUCUGCUGGCUUAUAACAUUUCUGUGGUCUACUACAAAAGAAAGAACUUCCCGAAAUCGCUGGCCUUUGGGCUUGAGUCGUUGAAGCACCGCAAGAGCGAUAAGGUUCUGUGUAAAAUCUGUGCAAUAUAUCUCAGGCUGGGGAUGCUGAGGGAGUAUAAAGAGAUGUAUGACCAGAUGGUAACUAGGAGCUCCGGCCCCGAGGUGGCUUUCUUGUUGAAAAGAAUGAAGCUAAGCGAGGUGAUUGUUGAGAAGCACCUGGAGAAGCGUGUAACAUUGGAGAGUCUGCACGAGCUAUCCAAGGAAAUAUCUGGCGGAAGAAGCAUACCAGCAGACACUCUGGAGAGUAUUCUUGAACAAGGGGAAAGCAUUUUGCUAGGUUGCGAGAAUGUUGUGCAUACUGAAAGCAGCGGGGAAGUUCUGAUUUUCGGCGACACUCACGGGCAGUAUUUUGAUGUUGUAAGUAUCCUGAACAAGGUAUUUGACAAAGACAGAAUGGUUAUAUUCAACGGAGAUUACGUAGACAGAGGAUCACAUUCUGUGGAGAACUUUGCAUUGCUCCUCUCUCUGAAGAUUCUGUUUCCCGGGCGUGUCCAUCUGACCAGGGGAAACCACGAGCUCUCUGAUAUAAACAGGGUAUAUGGCUUCUACGAUGAGGUGAAGAGGAAAUAUCCGUUUAGCAGUGACUCUGUGUAUCGGAGAUUCCAAGACGCAUUCAGGGCAUUGCCUAUCUCUAUAAUUGUCAACGAGAAGGUUUUUAUAACGCAUGGCGGACUGCCUGAGGCGCCUGUCAAGGUGGACAAUCUCCAGGAGAUAUACAGAAUGACGGACACCCAUACAGAUGAGCUGCUGAAAGGGCUUUUGUGGUCUGAUCCCGAGGAGAUACUCGGGACGGAGGAGAGCAAGAGAAGGGCUGGGGUGGUUUUUGGAGCAGAUGUGACAGCUCGGUUUUUGGAGAGGAAUGGGUUGGACUUGCUGGUCAGAAGCCAUCAGGCGGUUGAUGAUGGAUAUAGAGUUCACCACGGAGGAAAGGUUGUAACCAUAUUUUCUGCGCCUGAGUACGAAGGCAGCAAGGGGCCAGGAUCGUAUCUGGUUCUGAACCCUUCCGCGGGCGAAGCAGAUGAGAUUGUCGAGAUAUCUCCCCUUACGAGGUACAAGGCGGUAAAGUUUGGAAGGUCUGAUGGUAAAGAGGUGUUAAGGCUUCUGUGCAAUUAA